GGGGCUCUAACUUCCCGUAGAAAUACGGGUGUUGAAUCUGUAGAUUUGUCUUCCAACAACGCUUACAGAUAUCCUCCAAAAUCAGGAAAUUAUUUUGGAAAUCAUUUCGUCAUGGGAGGAGAAAGAUUUGACUCUCCUCAACCUGGUGAAUAUUUAUUUGGUGAAUGUGAUGAUUUGAAUUUUUUGGGAAAUAAACCCAUACCAUUUCCUUAUCCAGUGCCAGCUGGUAAUGAACCAAUUAAAACAUUAAAAAGUCUAGUAAACAUCAGAAAGGAUUCAUUACGACUUGUUAAGUAUGAUCCAGCUGAGAAUCUACUUCAUGACAAAGAAGACACAACACAACUUUAUAAUCUAGAAUUUACUUACGAUGCAGAUGCUAGGUGCUCAAUAAGAAUAUUGUAUUUUGCUACAGAAGAAAUUGUUAAUGGACAGGUUGUGUACCAUCCUAAAGACCCAAAUAUGACAUCUGAUGUAUUUCAUUGUAAACGUGGUACAGGACUAGUAUUUAGUCAACCAACACAUUUUAUAAGACCAAACAGAUUUACUCUUGACGAGUGGAUGUAUAAUCCUGAUAAAGAAAUUAUACCAGUUGUUAUACAAUGUAUUGUAGAAGAGGAAGAGCAUGCUGGUCAUGCCCAUAUGACAUUUGCUGUGAUAGAUCAAAAUUCAGAAGGAGGUUACACAAUUAAACCAUUAAAACAAAAACAAUUUGUUGAUGGUUUAUGUUAUUUAUUACAAGAAAUUUAUGGUAUCGAAAAUAAGAAUGUAGAAAGAUCAAAGGUGGAUCCAGAUGAUGAGUUAGAAGACAGUGGUGCUGAAUGUGUGAUAUGUAUGUCUGAUAUGAGAGAUACAUUAAUAUUACCAUGUAGACAUCUAUGUUUAUGCAGUGGUUGUGCAGAAUCCUUGCGAUAUCAAGCUAGUAUGUGUCCUAUAUGUCGAGUUAAGUUUAGAGCCUUGUUACAAAUACGAGCUAUGAGAAAGAAAGGUACAGGGAUGGUAAGAACAUGUUUUGGUUUAUCCUUGGGUGAUUGCGAAAACACAUACCAAGUUUCUUUAAAAUCUGUCAAGAAUUGUGUACCACCAGGUUAUGAAGCUGUAUCAUUAAUAGAGGCAUUGAAUGGUCAGAUA